AUCCUGCUCAUUGAAGGUUGAAGAUUUGCUCCGGUAAGACGUAGGUUUUUGUUCGAACGCGGUGCAUCGCUAUGGGUUGGUUAGUGAGGAUAGUUUUAUUAGUUUGCUGGGUGUCGAUUUGGGCCGUACCAGGAUACUCACAGUUUAUCGAAUUUUGCCUUGAUCAACCAUGCCAAUCGGUUCGGAUGAUACCUCGCCAUGAGCAGGAAUUGCAGCGAUAUAUCAAUAGUGCAAAGGGUGUUCGACAUUUGGAUGUGCACGGAACUCUGCUUACAACGUUUCCGCAAAUUUGGAAUUCACCGCUUCAAUCAUUGAAUGCGUCGUACAAUUCUCUUAAACAAAUUACACUGAACUCAUUCAUACAACUCGAAACAGUAGAUGUGACGUACAACGAAUUGGAAGUUGUCGAAGUUCCCCAAAGUGUGAUAACAUUUAUCGCCACACGAAACAAAUUAGGAUCUGUUAGAUUUCAACCCAAUAGCAGAAUAGGAUGGCUAUAUCUGUCUAUGAAUGAUUUGGACAACAUGAAGGGAUUUUCCAGUCUGCCUAACCUGGUUGAAUUGGAUAUUUCCUGCAAUCGACUACGAGAAAUCAAUUUUGCUGCUUUAUAUUUUCCAAAGAUAGAGUACAUAAAUCUAGCAAACAAUCACAUUCAUGAUCUUGCUGGUUCAAUCUCAAAUAUUUGGAGCCUUAAGGUACUGAAUCUAGCCAACAAUAUACUCACAGGGAUAGAUGAAUCUCUCACGUCAAAUUCGUUAGAAGAAUUAUAUUUGCAGAACAAUCGAAUAGUGAUGAACUUUGCAGAAUAUAGAAAAAGUCCGAUGCUUAGAAAGUUGGAUGUCAGCGGAAAUAACUGGCAAUGUGGAAAACUGGACGCAUUCUUGAAGGAUUUGAAGAAUGUUGAACUUUUCAGUAGUGAUGGUUGUGAAUCACGGCCACAUGGCCUUUGCUGCUCAUCAAUGUCUUACGCAGAUCAUCUGAUCGAACACCGGAAGGACCAAUGGGAAAGUUACAAAAAUGGAUCGAUCUUGAGAACAGGCCCUCGUGAUUGUUCAAAUUUCACCCCAAACCCCUGCGAUGGCGACGAUGAGCUUACUCUUAGAGUGACUCAAAAUUCACUUCGCAAUUUGCCCUCAACCUCGGCCAGAUUGGAAGAAGUUCGUAGGGCUGAAAUUCAGGUGCUAGAGAAAACUCUGGAGCUUUCAAAGGCAGAAAAUUCGAUCAGAAAGGAAAAACUAGCUGAAACCGAAGCGCUCAUUUCAGCCAUCCAGAACGUUGUCAAAGAUGAAUCUAAGGCCACAAAUGUACCGCAACAGUUAAGAGAUACCGAAAAAAUUAAACGAAUUUUCGAAAAGUACGACCAAGAAGAGCAAUCAAUAACCGAGACCAUUAACGGUCGGGACAAAAAAAUUCAUGACCAUUUAGACGAACACAAUCGUUUGCAGACGGAACUGGAAGAACUGGAGCAGCAGGAAAAGGAGCUGCUAAGGGACCAAAAACAAAGUACCGAUGAUUUGAAAACGGCCGAGGAAAACUACAAAAAGUUGGAGGAAAAACUCAAAAAAGCAGGAUUGUAAAUGUAAAGUGUAACGUGAAUAAACAUAUUGAAUAACAUUCUUUAAAAGCUUUAAAAAUCAAAA